AUGGACGCAUUCGACUCCAAAUGGCAGAGAACCGACUGCGAGGACAAGGGGGCGGAGCUCUCCUUCCAGGGAGCCGAAUUGCAGAGGCAACCAUUGAAGAUGGACCAGGAGGGGAGGACAGACGGCGGUGCGACUUCUGCCGCCAAUCUUAUGGUGCCCACGGAACUAACAACACCAGACUUGAUCGAAGCAUACUCUGGCGACAAAGUGGAUACCUUCGACCGUGACAGCCGCAGGAUUGACACCUCUACCCAGACCAACAAUUCAGGCCCACUCAAGCAGCAAACGCACCGACGACCGGACAAGCACCCGUGCCGCUUCUGUCCUUACUCAUGCUCUUCUGCAGCGGAUGUCGCCGUCCACGAGAGGACACACACUGGCGAGAGGCCCUUCAGUUGCGAUGCCUGCAAGAAAACGUUCGUGCGGAAGUCUCACUUGACAGCUCACGAUAGAAUUCAUACCGGAGAGAAGCCGUUCAAGUGCAACACGUGCAGCAGGGCGUUUACUCAGAGAACCAGUUUGGCGGUUCAUGAGAGGACUCACACAGGAGAAAAGCCGUACAGGUGCGAGACCUGCAGUAGAGCGUUUGCGGCUUAUUGCAAUUUACACACUCAUAGGAAGAUACAUCGCAAGUGA